UGAUCUUUAAAUGAUUUGAAAAUAUUUAUAUGAUUUUUUUUCAUAAUUUACAUUUACAUAUGGGUUUCCUUGUUUUGAUACACCCGGUAUAUAUGGGACGAAAAUACAUAUAAGUCUAGAACUGAAGGUGGUACACACUCAACGGAAGGUCGUUUUUUGUGUGUUAUCUUCGACAACGCCUCGGAUAUACGUUGUAGUAUGUGUUCACGUUUAAAUAUUAUGUCCAAUUGUUAUUUGUAAGCUAUCCGUGGAGAUUGUCAAAUAUGAAAUAUAAACAUACAAACAAACAAACAUUGUUUGACAUGGCUUGUUUGUCGUACCUUUCCAUCAGGGUGCGUUUCUCAGGUAACGAUGUUUUAUGUAUGAAAACGCAAGAAUUAACAAUAUAAGAAUGAAUUAACGGCAAGUGACCCUGCAAACGACAAUGUAUAUCCAAAGCGUUGCAAUGUAAAUCCAAAAAAAAUUACAAUUAAGUGCCAACUUGCAUAAAACGGCAAGUAUCAACAUAUAAAACAAACCUACCAGCUGAAAUCAUAAUUAGAAUGACUAAUUUUAUGGACAAUGGUAAUCGAAUUAAACUGCCAGCAUUAUACACAAAGAUGGUUACUAAGACAUUUAUACUAUUAAAGUCGCUACAAAUUUUCCAUACCGUCAUCCCUUCUCAUCUGCUGAUCUUCAUUUGGAUUUGAAACAUGGAUGCUUGGAAUACUUCUAACGGUAGCCUGGGAGGCAACGUUUACGCCUCGUAUGCUGAGCGUCUGUUUAUCUCAGGAGCAACUUUCGUCGCUUGUUUCGUCGGUCUCCUGGGAAACCUGGCUGUCAUUUUUGCCAUUCUGACCGUCAAGAAACUCCAGACUGCAACCAAUGUAUUUGUCUUUAAUCUCGCUGUGGCCGAUGUGCUCACCUGCAUCUUGGCUACUCUACAAGGGGUGACCAUCUUGUAUGACGAGCUGGUCUUCCCGAUAUGGGUCUGCAAACUCGUUGCGUUUGGUCUCCUCACCUGCAUCGGCUGCAGCAUCAACUGCCUUGUCUGCAUCGCAGUCAACCGUCUUAUUGGCAUCACGACCGCAGCACACAGCGUGUAUCGUAAGCUCCUCACCCCUUGUAAACUCUCCUUUGCACUUGUCCUAACUUGGUUCCCUCCUUUGGUUGUGACAACCAUCCCACUUGUGUCUGAUUACGCAGAAUUCGGCUACAACCCCACCUUCCUCUCAUGUACUUGGCAAUCCAGCCUAUCAUACACAUUCACCUACGCCAUGCUGAUUGCUGUUGUGUUUUUACCCAUCCAAUUCCUCGUCCUCUUCGUCAGUUAUCUAAAAAUCUUUCUCUACGUGAGGAAGACGUCUCGAUCCACGCUCGGACAUGACGCCACCUCUACCACCAACCUGGCACUCCAGAGGCAACUCUGGGAGCGCCAAGUGGCAGUCACCAAAAACCUCUUUUUGGUGUUGUGCGUCUUCCUGCUGUGUCUGAGUCCGUACUUCCUUUUUUUGGCCUUAUUCAAAUAUUCAAACAAUGCCCUGUCCUAUGCGGCCACGAUCCUUGUGUCUAACAGUUCCAUCAAUCCGAUCAUUUACGCAACGAGGCAUCAGGACUUUCGUGCGGCGUUCGCAGGUAUGGUGCACUGCCGUAGAAAGAGGCGAUCAUCUCAGACGACUGUAGCACCGCCUGGCCGGGUCUGUUCCAAAACGACAACCAACACUGACGUUGAACUACAAACCCCCGCAUAAGCCUCUAUCAACAUUAUGACAUGCCACGGUCUAUAAUGUGCGAUUAUGGCAGUUGGGCUAUGAGAUGAUCUAAAGUAUCUGCUCCUGGGACACCAGCAACCCAUUAUCCACGUACUUGAACAUCCUUGUGCUUUCUGUUGCUCAUCCAUUUUAGUUCGUCACGACAAUUACCGCUACACAUCCACCUUUGCUUUCGUCCGCCCAAACAUCCGCGAUGUGACCAUCGUCUCUGUGCGUCGACCAUGAAGUCAGCGCUAGCGCCAGCGUCACGGGUUUCAACAAAAAGCUGUGGCAGAGCAAAAUCUUACCAAAAACCUCGAGUACAUCUUGCUGGCUUUCGCAAUAUCACAGACGCCGUACUUUUUGGCCAAUCUCUGUUAACACCAUUUAACCCCCCCCCCCAUGUCAUCGAGACCAACAGUUCGGUAGAAAUAACGAGAGAUACAACACAUUCAACACGCAUUGGAGUCAUGCAUGUACUAUAUUCCAACAUACAAACUGGUUGAAAUAGCGGGUUUCCCCGAUAUUGUCCACGCAUCAUAUGUGCUCGUUUUCUUCCUUAUGAGGAUUAACAACUAAACGUUAUUUACAGACAGUUUUGUUUCAAUUACAUGAAACCUCGGGAGAUUCUACAGUCUUUGUCACAUUUGAACUUUACAUUUGUAUUGUUGUAGUGUGUACAAGUUGUUCAGUUAAAUGAAUACGGUUUCCUUUAAGAACCCGGCUGUAUGCAUAUUCUAUUGCCCUGUUAUCGUGAUCGGCUAAUAGUUCAGGCCUUAUGAAUAUUUAUGCAUAAAUACUUAGGACGGAUUAGCACCUACUGGUCGAGAGCCCGUCAGGUGGCUGGUUUAUACGGUUGAUAAAGACCGGCUUGCUUCAUCA